AUGGUUUCCAUCACCAUCCUUCAGCUAACGCCCGGCAGAAAUUACGAUGUCUACUGCUACUCGGAAACAUAUCUGCCGCCUUCGGAGAAUGGAGUGGACACGGCACCCCGUUUUGGCAUGGAUUUCGAUGCCAUCCUGAAUUCACGAACCAGAUUCAUCACCGAAGGUCCUUUCUUCGAUGAUUUGGGCUGGUCCUGUGUGUCUGGAUAUGCUUGCAAUAUCACUGGAUUGCUUGGGGAGCGCUUGACGGCGGCGGAUGGGCUUCUGGUGAGAGCAGACGGUUGCCCACGGCGAUGUGAAUGCAAUGGUCAGGCAGACCCGCUGAGCAAGGGGGCAGUGUGCUCAGAGAUUUCGCAGGAUCCAACAGUCCAGGCGGGUGUUGGGCUCUCCGACGCACGAGACCCAAUGGGUGCAUGGUGCUAUGUUGACCCUGGGCUUUGUGAUGAUGAGAUGCCAUCACCAGUGUACCCGUCCUUGUUGCUCUCCUACAAGGUCUGCUCAUAUGGGGAAGUUGCUGGGACAGGGCCGGCACGUGUCCCAGGCUUCCCCAACGGUGGCGUGGCCAAGAACCUGAUGGAUGGUAGGGCCUUUAGCUUUGGCGAAGAGUUGGUGAUUGCUUUUGGCGCGACCUAUGACUUGUGCUGGUGCAAUGGGACGGAGGCGCCUUGCGUCACAGAAGCAGACUUCGCUGUGCGGAUUGGGCCCCUGCACUUCAGUGGCCCGACUGCACAGCAGGCACAGCGGGAGAUUCGCUGCAUCGCUGGGAUGCCAUGCAGCAUUCCCAACUUCGACGGCCAAGCAAUAGAAGAAGGCUCCCGCCUGGUGGUGCUUCCUGACGACCCAGCCGGCUGCAGAUGGCGAAUUUCAGGGGGAUACUACAACCUCUGCUGGUGCGGGCCGAGGGCUGAAGGAACUAUACUCGUCCCGGGCAAGGAUUAUCGGCAGCCGGAUGGCAUCGUCCCGCCUCCUUGCCCACCCGUCCGGGAAGAGGAUGGCGGGAGAUUCCUUUCACCUGCUGGACGUUUGGUGGUUGUGGGUCCCCUGGGACAGGAAGACAGCUUCUGCAGACUCGGUGUGGACUGUGACUGCGGCCUCAUAGUACAUCAGGUAAGGGGAUGCGCUGGCUCGCUCACGUCCUCAACAGCCUUGCAUGCAUGUGUCAGCUCUCUCAGGGAGGCGUCCACAGUUAUAGAGUAG